AUGGUUGAACAAGUCGAGCAAGAUCACGAAAGUAACGAAAUUCUAGCAAAUGAGUCCAACGAAGAAUUACCACCAACCCUUGAAAAGUCAGCUACAGACUUGAAAGCUGUUGACACUUUUGGUAUGAAAGCCAUUAGACGUACACUACUUGCGAUGGGACCUGAGCUGAAUGCUGAGUUCAUCAAGAACCUUGAUUCAGAACUUACCGACAAGUUGAACUUCUUUACAUCUGGUAGCUCAUCUGACAUCAACUUUUUCAAAAUCUACAAGUCGUUGCCACCUGAUAUGCAAGUAAAGUUUGAAGCUGCUUUGGAUGACUUCAACCAGGAUAGACAGAGACAACUUGAGAAUAAUGCUGUUGUUGCUGCGCAGGAAAGAUGGAGACAUGACUAUGAGGAGUUAAAAGCACAAGGUACACUCAAUUUCUCCAAGACACUAAAUGCCACAUUGUGGAAAUGGUCAGAAGAGUUGAGACCUUUAAUUCAGGAGGAAAUCAACGUUUGCAAUAAAAUCAACAAACUGGAUACCAUUUCAAAGGAUUUGAAGGCUAAAUUGAAAGACAGAACACAUUAUGCUCAAUUCUUUGCCCUUCUUCCAGCAAACAAAAUUGCUGCUAUUACGAUUUUGGAAUUGCUCAAAAUGAACUCAACAGGUGGUGUUGCAGAAGGUAUGAGAAUCACGUCUGCUGUCAUGGCAGUGUCCACUGCGCUAGAGUUGGAAUUCAGAUCUGAACAGUUGAAAAAAUCAGAGAAAGUGGUCUUCAAGGACCUCAAAUCUCCUCGUGAUUUGAAAAUGUAUGCAAAAUCACUCUCUCAUUUCAAAUCUGAAAAGCUUUCUGAAUGGAAAAUGAGCUGGCCAAGUGAUGCAAAGGCUAAGAUGGGAUCGCUAUUGAUAUCCAUGUUGAUGCAUGUUGCCAAAGUUCAAGUUGAAGGUGUCGAUCCGGUAACAAAGAAAAGAGUGAAAGGUGAGGCACCAGCUUUCUAUCACAGUUAUCAAUACCAAGGUAAUGUGAAGCUAGGAAUCUUGAAGUUGCACAAGACCAUUGCGACACAACUCUCUGGCGAUAAGUUGAAUGGUGCUGUUCAACCUCAACUGCUACCUAUGCUUGUGCAACCACGUCCUUGGACUGCUUGGAACAAUGGUGGUUAUCUAUACUCCCAGGGAUUUGUUAUUAGAACUAAAGAUGCACCUGAACAAACGGCAUAUCUGAAGGCAUCUUCUGAUAAGAUUGGUAAAGUUUAUGAAGGUUUAAACGUCUUAGGAUCAACUGCAUGGACUGUCAAUGAACGUGUGUUCAAUGUUAUGUCCCAAGUCUGGAAUACCGGUGAAGAAUUUCUUGAUAUUCCAAAAUUACAAGAUAAGAUCGAGCUACCUCCACAGCCUCAGUCGAAACAUACAGAGCCAGGCGUUAUCAAUUCCUGGAAGGCGGAGGUGAAAAAAGCACAGAAUGAAUUUAACAAUAAUAGAUCAACCCGUUGUGAUGCAAAUUAUAAACUUGAAAUUGCUAGGGCAUUCUUGGGUGAGAAAAUGUAUUUCCCUCAUAACUUGGAUUUCAGAGGACGUGCCUACCCGCUAUCUCCCAAUUUCAAUCAUCUCGGUAAUGACUUGUCAAGAGGUUUGUUGAUUUUCUGGGAAGGUAAGGAACUGGGUGAAGAUGGUUUGAAAUGGCUUAAGGUGCACUUGUCCAAUUUGUUCGGUAUUGAUAAGGCACCAUUACAUGAACGUGUUCAAUACGCAGAGGAGAAUGUUGAUAACAUCAUGAAAACCGCUGCAGAUCCUCUAGGGUUCCAGGACUGGUGGACGAAAGCUGAUAAACCAUGGCAAGCGUUGGCAACAAUCUUUGAGCUUGCUGAUGCAUUAAAGUUGCCUGAUCCAACAAAAUACGUAUCACAUCAACCAGUUCACCAAGAUGGUACAUGUAACGGUUUACAACAUUAUGCAGCAUUGGGUGGUGAUGUUGAGGGUGCUAGACAAGUCAACCUAACACCGGCUGAAAGACCACAGGAUGUCUACACAUUUGUUGCAAACUUGGUAAAGGAGAGAUUGGAUAAACUUGCCCUUGAAGGUGACGAGUUGGCCAUAGUUUUGAAGGAUAAAAUAAAACGUAAAGUUGUUAAGCAGACAGUGAUGACAAAUGUUUAUGGUGUGACAUAUAUUGGUGCAACUGCUCAGAUUGAUAAGCAACUUGCUGAUGUUUUCCCAGGUGAGGACACGUACAAGUAUUCCUUGUAUCUGACCAAACACGUUUUUGCCUGUAUUAGAGAAUUAUUCGAAGGUGCACAUUUAAUUCAAGAUUGGCUCGCCCUCUGUGCAAAGAUGAUUUCUCAUUCUGUUCGUAUUGAUAUGGAUGCUGAUGAGGUCAUUCGUUCUGGUGAGAAACCACCACAUAUGGCUUCAACCAUUUGGACUACGCCGUUGAACUUACCAAUUGUUCAACCAUAUCGCUCUGUUGAGCGUCGUCAAAUUGCUACUAAUUUGCAGACGAUCUAUAUCAAGGAUCCAUUUGCGAUGAAUCCAGUGGAUGCUAGAAAGCAAGUUGCUGCAUUCCCUCCAAACUUCAUCCAUUCUCUUGAUGCCACACAUAUGCUGCUUAGUGCUAUUGCCUGCUCAAAAGAAAACCUGGCUUUUGCUGCGGUUCACGAUUCUUACUGGACACAUGCUUGUGAUGUUGAUACUAUGAACAGAUGCCUAAGAGAUGAGUUUAUCAAGUUGCAUGAAGUUGACUUGAUUGCACGCUUGAAAGACGAAUUCGAUGAGAGAUACAAGGGUUUUUUGAGACUGGUGAAGAUUCCAAGAGAUUCUGCAGCAGCUAAGAUGAUCUUACAACAUAGACACAACGUUUCCAAACAGUUGGGGAGACGUGUUACUCUCGGUGAUGAGAUUUACCUGGAAAGAAAGAGACAACUGUUACUGAACAGUGAAAACCCUGAGGAUCAAAAGAGAGGAUUGAACGAAGUCACUACCGUGAGCUUACUCGAAGGCAUCGAUAUUGAAAUCGAAGCUAUGGAUGCUCUUGAUGAAUCUGAAUCAAAGGCCAGACACAUCAAGGUAUUGGCUCCAUUGAGGCUGCCUGAGAUUCCUCCAAAGGGCGAGUUUGACGUCCAAGAAUUGAGAAAGUCACAAUACUUCUUCUCAUGA